AUGAUUAAGUGGAAGCAAGGGCCCUCACCAACUGCGCCAUAUGACGACAACAUUCAAAAAAGUCGGAAGAAUGAUUUAGUGCAGCUAUGGCAGACGAAGUACGCAUUGAUCGAAGAGCCCUGUGAUGAUGGUUGGACAAGUGAUGACAGUGAAGAGUUGCAGCGUCUUCGAGAUGGGACCAUCUUCGAUUUCGAGGACGAGGUUGGCCUCACAGCUUGCUUUGAUAAUGAAGACCAAUACUUGACAACGAGUCUGCUUAACGUUGACAAGGAUCGGCGACGUAAAGUGUUGUUGAAAGUGUUGCAAUCUAUCGAUUCGGCCGAGGCGGAUGGAAUAUUAGAAGAUGUUUGA